AUGGCUGAGUACCCGCCUUCUGGUCCUCCGGGCGCCCCCAUCAACGGUCCCAACCUCAACGGAUCUGGUGAUCCCAACUUCGUGAGCGCUCCGGUUGCGGCUCAGAAUGAGGGAGCCAAGACCCUCUGGAUGGGAGAGAUGGAGCACUGGAUGGACGAGAGCUUUGUGAAAGGCAUCAUGAUGACGUUGACGAGCAACGACGUCCAAGUCAAGGUCAUUCGCGACCGUAACUCCGGCAACGCAGGCUAUUGUUUCAUCGAGUUCCCGACUCCAGAGGCUGCCCAAAAGGCCCUAACUCUGAAUGGAACUCCGGUGCCCGGCUCUACCCGGGUCUUCAAACUAAACUGGGCUUCCGGUGGAGGCCUAGUCGAUCGCCGCGAUGAUCGUGGACCGGAGUAUAGCAUCUUCGUUGGCGACCUUGGCCCUGAGGUCAACGAGUUUGUGCUCGUCUCUCUGUUCCAAUCACGCUUCCCAAGCUGCAAGUCAGCCAAAAUCAUGACGGAUGCGGUCACCGGCCAGUCUCGUGGCUAUGGCUUUGUGCGCUUCAGCGAUGAAUCGGACCAGCAGCGCGCCCUAGUUGAGAUGCAGGGUGUCUAUUGCGGAAACCGUCCCAUGCGGAUCUCCACCGCUACCCCGAAGACUCGUUCACAUCAGUAUGGACAGGGCCAUGGUGGCAAUCCCAUGAUGGGUCCCGUUCCCGCUCAUGCUGGCGCUCCCAUGUGGGGUGUCCCUCCGUAUUUCAAUCAGGGUCCAUUCAACCCCAUGCAACCCAUGAAUCAAUUCACCGACCCUAACAACACCACCGUCUUCGUUGGUGGUCUCUCGGGCUACGUUACUGAGGACGAGCUUCGCUCGUUUUUCCAGGGAUUCGGCGAAAUUACUUACGUCAAGAUCCCUCCUGGAAAGGGUUGCGGCUUCGUUCAGUUCGUGCAUCGUCAUGCUGCGGAAAUGGCGAUCAAUCAAAUGCAGGGUUACCCCAUUGGUAACUCCCGCGUCCGCCUCUCCUGGGGCCGAUCUCAGAACAACUCUGGUGUGGGCACGCCCUAUCGUCCUGCGCCUCCUCCGCCUCACUACAUCGGCGGCAUGCCUCCGCAUGGCGGCCCUGGUGGACCUCCUCCUGGUCCGGGUGGUCCCUUUGGAGGCCCCGGCCACUUCGGUGGCAACCCUCCCCCGCCGCCGGGUCCGAUGGCUGUGAGUUCAUUUCGAAUUCUUACAAGCUUGUCUGAUGCGGGAUUGUUUUGCCUUUUACUUUUGGCUUUGCUUUUGCUUUGGCUCUUCCUUCACGUGGUGCUAACCAGGUUGACCAAACAGUAA